AUGACGGUAGAAGACGAGAGUCAAAAUGAAUAUGAGGAGAAUGGCCUCGCGGGACCUGGAGCACCCACACCUUUGACUGCAUUGGAGGGAGUUAAUGGCCUGACUGCACGAGAUAUCAAGCUGGUGAUUGAUGGUGGGUAUCAUACCAUUGAGUCGGUAGCCUAUACGCCGAAGCGAAUGCUGGAACAGAUCAAAGGCAUAUCCGAGCAGAAAGCGACGAAGAUCCUUGCGGAGGCUUCAAAAAUCGUGCCAAUGGGUUUCACAACGGCAACUGAAAUGCAUGCUCGACGAAACGAUUUGAUAUGCAUAACAACAGGAUCGAAACAAUUGGAUACUCUACUGGCAGGUGGCAUCGAGACGGGGUCCAUUACCGAGAUUUUCGGAGAGUUCAGAACGGGGAAGAGUCAGAUUUGUCAUACGCUGGCAGUAACUUGCCAACUACCAUUUGACAUGGGCGGCGGAGAGGGGAAGUGUCUGUAUAUUGACACUGAGGGCACAUUCCGCCCGACCCGACUGCUUGCAGUCGCUCAGCGCUAUGGACUUGUCGGCGAUGAGGUUCUCGACAACAUCGCAUAUGCCAGAGCUUACAACUCUGACCACCAACUACAGCUACUCAACCAAGCGUCGCAGAUGAUGUGUGAGACACGGUUUUCCCUCCUCAUCGUCGAUUCGGCCACAGCUCUAUACAGGACUGACUUUAGUGGUCGAGGCGAGCUAUCGAGCCGGCAAAACCAUCUUGCCAAAUUCAUGCGGAAACUGCGGACUCUUGCUGAUGAGUUUGGCAUUGCGGUUGUUAUCACCAAUCAGGUAGUUGCGCAAGUGGAUGGAGGGCCAAGUGCUAUGUUCAACCCAGACCCAAAGAAACCCAUUGGAGGCAAUAUCAUUGCGCAUGCUAGCACGACGAGGUUAAGUUUGAAGAAAGGUCGGGGAGAGACUCGUAUUUGCAAGAUUUAUGAUAGCCCUUGUCUUCCGGAGAGCGAUUGUCUGUUUGCGAUUAAUGAAGGUGGGAUUGGGGAUCCGAGUCCGAAAGAUUUGGAGAAGGAUUGACCAAACGAUUAUUAAGGGCUUAGAUGGUUGAAAUAAUGUUGGGGAAGCUUUUCUUCUCUAUAUAUUUAUCCCGUUUAACGGACUCUUAACGCUUUCCUUUUCUAAUCUUUUGUCCAUAGCAUUUCGGAACUGGCGUUCGGGGGAAGCCAAAGGAGAGAGCGAUGUUUACUGAUUGUCAUGAAUAAAUUGAUGGAGUCCAACUGUGAGGGUUUGUUUUGAGUUUGAAAAUCAUACACUUGGUGCUCUAGAAAU